ACCAUUUUCCUGGAAAAAAUACAGUCCAAAUCAAUCAGAUUUAAAAAUCAAUUUUACGGCUCAGAUUUCCCGAGAUAGAAGGCCCUGGCUGAUCCUGACUCUUCAUACGAGAGAUUCGAAAUCUGAACCGUUGAGUGGAAUCCACCUCCACGUAGCCGGUGGAUUUUUCUAAUAAUUGUCUUCUUGUUUCUUCUUCUUCUCUCUGUUCUCUGUUCUCUGUUCUCUCUUCUCUAUCUAUAUCUCUCUCUCUCUCUCUCUCUCUCUCUCUCUCUCUCUCUCUCUCUCCCCUCUUUUUCUUUGCUCGAGGGUUUCUGCGCUCUCGACUACAUCUUCUCUCUUUCUCAUCCGUCGAUCUCCGGAAUCGGCCGCUUAGAUUUUAACUACACAGUCCAGAGGGGUCAUGGCAAUGGAAGUUACCCAGAUUCUUCUGAAUGCACAAUCAGUGGAUGGAAAAAUUCGUAAGCACGCAGAAGAAAGCCUGAAACAAUUUCACGACCAGAACCUCCCUGGCUUCCUGUUCUCUCUCUCUGCCGAAUUGGGAAAUAAUGAUAAACCAGUUGAGAGCCGCAAACUGGCUGGCCUGAUCCUCAAGAAUGCCUUAGAUGCGAAAGAGCAAUUGAAGAAAGCUGAAUUAGUUCAGCGAUGGCUCUCUCUUGACACAACUGUGAAAGCCCAAAUCAAGGCCUGCCUUUUGCAAACUCUUUCUUCCUCGUCGUCUGAUGCUCGAUCCACCGCCUCACAAGUUAUAGCAAAGAUUGCGGGCAUUGAAUUGCCCCAUGAUCAAUGGCCCGAUCUCAUAAGAUCCCUCCUCUCAAACAUGGGCGGCCCCCAAGUUCAGAGCCCACCCCAUCUUAAGCAGGCCACUUUGGAAACGUUGGGUUAUCUUUGUGAAGAAGUUCCUCCUGAGGUUCUCACUCAGGAACAAGUGAAUUCCGUACUAACAGCUGUGGUUCAAGGGAUGAACUCUUCUGAAGGGAACAAUGAGGUGAGGCUCGCUGCAACGAGAGCCUUGUAUAAUGCUCUUGGAUUUGCUCAGACCAAUUUUGAGAAUGAUAUGGAGAGAGACUACAUAAUGAGGGUGGUUUGCGAGGGAACACAAUCCAGUGAUAUGAAGAUUAGGCAGGCUGCCUUUGAGUGCUUGGUUUCGAUUUCAUCGACAUAUUAUGAUAAGCUUGCUUCCUAUAUGCAAGAUGUAUUUAAUAUAACUGCAAAGGCUGUGAAGGAGGACGAGGAGCCUGUUGCCCUCCAAGCUAUUGAGUUUUGGAGCACGAUAUGUGAUGAAGAGAUUGAGAUUUUGGAGGAGUACGGUGGUGAUUUUAGUGGGGACUCUGAUGUCCCUUGCUAUUAUUUCAUCAAGCAGGCGCUCCCUGCCUUGGUGCCUAUGCUCUUGGAGACUUUAUUGAAGCAAGAUGAGGACUAUGACCAGGAUGAAGGGGCUUGGAACUUAGCAAUGGCUGGUGGUACAUGCUUAGGCUUGGUGGCCAGGACUGUAGGGGAUGACAUUGUCCCUCUGGUGAUGCCUUUCGUUGAGGAGAACAUUACAAAACCCGACUGGCGUUGCAGAGAGGCUGCCACUUAUGCUUUUGGGUCAAUCUUAGAAGGCCCCUCACCUGAUAAGCUGACACCUCUAGUGAAUCGAGCAUUGGGAUUUAUGCUCAACGCUAUGAAGGACGAGAACAACCAUGUGAAAGAUACAACUGCUUGGACCCUAGGAAGAAUCUUUGAGUUUCUCCCUAGCGCUUCAGUUGGGGAGCCUAUAAUUACCCAGGCUAAUUUUCCCCAUACCCUUUCAGUCCUGAUUGAGAGCAUGAAGGAUGCACCAAAUGUUGCAGAAAAGGUUUGUGGGGCUCUCUAUUUUCUUGCUCAAGGCUUCGAGGACAUGGGUUCAGGGUCCUCUCCUCUGUCUCCGUUCUUCCAAGACAUUGUCCAGGCCCUCAUUGCCACUGCCCAUAGAGAUGAUGCAGGGGAGUCUCGGCUUCGUACCUCAGCUUAUGAAACUUUGAAUGAGGUCGUGAGGUGUUCUAGUGAGGAAACUGCUCCUCUAGUUGCACAGUUGGUCCCUGUGUUUCUCAUGGAGCUUGGUCAGACUCUUGAGAACCAGAGGCUCUCAUCUGAGGAGAGAGAGAAACAAAACGAGCUCCAAGGCCUUCUUUGUGGGUGCUUACAGGUUAUAAUACAAAAGUUGGGAUCUCUUGAAUCAACCAAGUUUGUUAUCUUGCAGUGUGCUGAUCAAAUGAUGGCUCUCUUUUUAAGAGUCUUUGCUUGCCGAAAUGCCACUGUCCAUGAGGAGGCAAUGCUUGCCAUUGGUGCUCUGGCCUAUGUGACGGGGCCUGAUUUUGCGAAGUAUAUGAAGGAUUUCUACCCUUACUUGGAAAUGGGUCUUCAAAAUUUUGAAGAAUACCAGGUGUGCUCCAUCACUGUUGGGGUUGUUGGGGAUAUAUGCCGGGCUUUGGACGAUAAAAUUCUUCCAUUCUGUGAUGGUAUAAUGACCCAGCUUCUUAAGAACUUGUCGAGUAACCAACUUCACAGGUCUGUGAAGCCCCCCAUAUUCUCAUGCUUUGGUGAUAUUGCUCUGGCUAUUGGGGAGAACUUUGACAAGUACUUGAUUUAUGCGAUGCCAAUGCUUCAAAGUGCGGCAGAAGUCUCCUCUCAGCCAACGAGUGCUGAUGAUGAGACAAUUGAAUAUACCAACCAGUUGAGGAAUGGGAUUUUGGAGGCAUACUCUGGGAUUUUCCAGGGCUUCAAGAACUCUCCAAAGACUCAGGCGUUGAUGACUUUUGCUCCUCUCGUUCUUCAUUUCUUGGAGAGCAUAUAUUCAGAGAAGGACAUGGAUGACACUGUCACAAAGGCAGCAGUUGGUGUGUUAGGAGACCUGGCCGAUACAUUAGGUUCUAGUGCGGCUCCUCUAUUGCGACAAUCAGUAUUUUGCAAAGACUUUGUUGAGGAAUGCUUGUCAUCGCAUGAUCAUCUGAUCAAGGAAACUGCCGAGUGGGUCCAAAUGACAGUGAGCCGAGUUGUUUCAGGUUGAUGCCAUCAUAUGCUAUGUAUCCAUAGAAGUCCAUGCAUAUGGGUGUGUUGAGUCGGGUGAUGAUUGCAUGCAUGUGUGAAGGUCAUGGGAAGUGUCAGAAGUCCCUUGUGGGGUUCAAGUUGGGUUUUUUUCAAGAAGAAGUGGGGUGCUAGAUCGCAAACCCCCUAGUGUACCAUUUGCUAUAUGAAGCUGAAAAGGGAGGAGCGGCAUUGUUGAAUGUCUUGUAGAGGGAGAAAGAAGCCACCCGUGUUCUUGAGAGGGGUACAGGUAUGCAACUUCUAGCUGCAACCUUGGCCAUGUAUAUCUCUCUUCAUAGAAGAAGAGGUCUCGUUUAUAUGGAGGUCGGGUCAUCUCCUUUUUUUUUUAUGAUUCUUUUUACAAGGGGCAAGUAGCUGGCGGGUAUUUCCUGGGCGCCAGAGAUCGAUGUCAUCCAAACGGUUGAUUUUUAGUUGUCAGAGACCAGUUACUGAGUGGGUAAAAAAUUCAUAUUUGUUCCUCAAAAUCCUUUGCAUAUUUUGAAAUUUUGUAUCAGUCUUGCAUUUUUUAUCCUUUGUCUUGUCAAGGUCUGUCCUGUGUUUCUUCUCUAUAAUGGUUAUAAUUUAAGCUCCAAAAUUUGAGUCUCUAUAUGCUCUUUCACUUCUAAUUAUGUUCUGCACUGUUUCUGUUCUUAUUUAUAGUAUAAUUUGGAUUCCUCAUAUUUUACAGGUUGUAGAACUGGUUUAGUUCAAAAUUCUCAUAAUGAUAUGUAGAGUUAAAUA